UCUAUGUGCGCGAGUGUCACACCAUUAAAGUGACAAGAUGGAGCUGAUCGGUGUUGACGUACCUGUGUGGGCUAUUCUGAUCCUGAUAGUCUGUGUUUGCUACACAGUUUUGAUGAGCCGGGAUUUCCUGACAUUCAGGAGGAUGGGAAUACCGGGACCGACACCUCUACCAAUUUUUGGUAAUUUGAUUUCCUUGAUGAAUCAGGGUAUCCGUGCUUUCGACCAGGCUGGAAUACGGAAAUAUGGCAAAGUGUUCGGUCAUUACGAUAUGGUAGCUUCGAAUUUGGUGGUAGCGGACAAGGAGAUGUUGAAGGAGAUCCUUGUGAAACAGUUCAAUAACUUCCCCGAUAGAAUGACGAUUGAUGAUUUCAACGGCGACAUGGAAGGCAGCCUUUUGAAUACUAAGGGCGAUCACUGGAAACAUGAUCGGAGUGUUAUCACUCCUACGUUUUCAUCUGGUAAACUACGAAAGAUGGUACCAUUAGUUCAGGAAGCGUGUGACACUCUGGUGAAAACAUGUCGGGACGCCAUUAAACGUGGCGACGGAGGCCAGGUAGAAAUGAGAAGAUUAUUUGGAGGAUUCACCAUGGAUGUGAUAAGCUCUACGGCUUUCGGUAUUCACGUGGAUUCCCAGGGAAACCCAAAUGACUUAUUUGUAACUCACGCCAAAAAGAUGUUUGACAUCAGUCUAGCGUCACCUGCGGUACUUAUGAUCAUAUUGUUUCCAUCAUUUAAACCGUUAUUCCGGAAAAUGGGUGCAAGCAUUUUCCCAAAAGACAGCAUGGCUUACUUCCGUAAAAUCACUACACAGCUGUAUGAGGAGAGGAGACAAAGCAAGGCGGAAGGUCGAACAGAUUUCCUCCAGUUGAUGGUAGAUGCCCAGGACGGUAGACACGACAUUGACGAGAGCAAUGGUUCCGCUCAUCAGGAGGAAUCCAGUCGAAAAGGCAUAAAUUUUGAUGGAAUCCUUGCGAAUGCAGAAAUAUUCUUUGCUGCUGGCUACGAAACAACAUCAAUUACCCUCACGAUGACUUCAUACAAUCUCGCUCUGAAUCCGGAAUGUCAGGAAAAGUUACGUCGGGAAAUUGAGGAAGAGAUCGGGUCGGAACUUAUCGACUACGAGAAUGUUCAGAAACUUCAGUACCUGGAUAUGUGUAUAAACGAGACACUGCGGAUGUACCCGCCAGCGCUGAGAUUUGACAGAAUGUGUGUAAAAACAACCAAAGUAAAGGACAUCACCAUACCAGCCGGGAUGGUGGUCACAAUACCGGCAUAUGCACUACAAAAUGAUCCAGAGGUCUGGGAGAAGCCGGACGUUUUCAAUCCAGAAAGAUUUAAUCCAACUGAGAAGGCGAAACACGACCCAAUGGACUACAUACCGUUCGGACACGGUCCCCGUAGCUGUAUUGGUAUGAGACUGGCAUUAUUGGAAACUAAAAUGGCAGCUGCAAAUGCGAUACGUAACUUCCGGUUUUGUGUCGGCAGCAAAACUGAUGGUAUCCGUGUGUUCGACCAGGAUGGAAUACGGAACUAUGGCAGGGUGUUCGGUCAUUACGAUAUGGUAGCUUCGAAUUUGGUAGUAGCGGACAAGGAGAUGUUGAAGGAGAUUCUAGUGAAACAGUUCAAUAACUUCCCAGAUAGAAUGACGUUUGAAGAUUUCAACGGCGAUAUGGAAAGAAGCCUUUUGAAUACCAAGGGCGAUCACUGGAAACAUGACCGGGGUGUUAUUACUCCUACGUUUUCAUCCGGCAAACUACGAAAAAUGAUGCCAUUAGUUCAGGAAGCGUGUGGCACUCUGGUCAAAACAUGUCGGAACAGCAUGAUCAAUGGGGACGGAGGCCAGGUAGAAAUAAGAAGAAGAGAGAAAAAUGUUGUUCCGUUAUUCCGGAAAUUGGGUACAAGUAUUUUCCCAAAAGACAGCAUGGCUUACUUCCGUAAAAUCACUACACAGCUGUUGGAGGAGAGGAGACAAAGCAAGGGGGAAGGUCGAACAGAUUUCCUCCAGCUGAUGGUAGAUGCCCAGGAAGGUACACGCGACAUUGACGAGACCAACAGAUCCGCUCAUCAGAAGGAACCCAGUCCAAAAGGCAUAACAUUCGAUGCAAUCCUUGCAAAUGCAGAAGUAUUCUUCGCCGCUGGGUACGAAACAACAUCAAUUACCCUGACAAUGACAGCGUACAAUCUCGCUCUGAAUCCGGAAUGCCAGGAAAAGCUACGUCGGGAAAUUGAGGAAGAGAUCGGAUCGGAACUUAUCGACUACGAGAAUGUUAAGAAAUUAGAGUAUUUAGAUAUGUGUAUAAGCGAGACCCUACGGAUGUACCCGCCAGCGCUGAGAUUUGACAGAAUGUGUGUAAAAACCACCAAAGUGAAGGACAUCACCAUACCAGCCGGGAUGGUGGUCACAAUACCGGUAUACGCACUGCACAAUGAUCCUGAGAUCUGGGAGAAGCCGGACGUUUUCAAUCCAGAAAGAUUUAAUCCAACUGAGAAGGCGAAACACGACCCACUGGACUACGUACCGUUCGGACACGGUCCCCGUAGCUGUAUUGGUAUGAGACUGGCAUUAUUGGAAACUAAAAUGGCAGCUGCAAAUGCGAUACGUAACUUCCGGUUUUGUGUCGGCAGGAAAACUGAAAUACCACCAAAAAUGGAGGACAUGUCAAUUUUAAAGCCGAAAUAUCUGUGGUUGAAGCUGGAAGAAAUAAAACGUCAGUAAAGAAGUGAAUCGCCUCACGACAGCCCUGAAGUUCUGACUGUUCAUGAUGUUGAUUACGUGGCAUCAGAUAAUUCACUUAAAUCGGAGAAAUCAAAAUUGAAAUUUAUGGCUUUGUGAGACAUUAAUGUGUACGACGAUCUUAGUAUAUGUUUGUGUGAUAUAUGUUAAAACGAUUGGCAUUGCAUAUAGGGACUAUAGCCGCUUUUGUAGACCAUGCAUACAGGGACCUUUUCCCAAGGUAUUGGCAAUGUAUACGGGGACCAUUGCAAUAUGUCCCUUGUAUUUACAAUGUAUACAGGAACCAUCGCUCCUUGUAUUGAAACUGUAUCUAAUGACCUCGUCCCUUGAAUUGACCAUAUAAAAGGACCAUCCCCCUUUUAAAUGACAAUGUGUAUAGUGAUUAUCACGACUUGUAUUGACACUGUAUAUAGGGACCAUCGACCAUUGUAUUGACUGUUUAUAUUGGGAACAUUGACCCUUGUAUUGACACUGUAUAAAGGAAACAUUGACCCAUGUAUUGACAAUGUAUAUAGGGAACAUCGACCCUUGUAUUGACACUGUAUAUAGGGAACAUUGACCCUUGUAUUGACACUGUAUAUAGGAAACAUUGACCCUUGUAUUGACAAUGUAUAAAGGGAACAUUUACUCUUGUAUUGACACUGUAUAUAGGAAACAUUGACCCUUGUAUUGACAAUGUAUAAAGGGAACAUUGACCCUUGUAUUGACACUGUAUAUAGGAAACAUUGACCCUUGUAUUGACAAUGUAUAAAGGGAACAUUUACUCUUGUAUUGACACUGUAUAUAGGGACCAUCGACCAUUGUAUUGACUAUUUAUAUUGGGAACAUUGACCCUUGUAUUGACACUGUAUAUAGUGAACAUUGACCCAUGUAUUAACAAUGUAUAUAGGGAACAUUGACCCUUGUAUUGACAAUGCAUAUAGGGAACAUUGACCCUUGUAUUGACAAUUUAUAUAGGGAACAUUGACCCUUGUAUUGACAAUGUAUAUAGGGAACAUUGACCCAUGUAUUGACAAUGUAUAUAGGGAACAUUGACCAUUGUAUUGACUGUUUAUAUUAGGAACAUUGACCCUUGUAUUGACACCGUAUAAAGGGAACAAUGACCCUUGUAUUGACACCGUAUAUAGGGAACAUUGACCCAUGUAUUGACAAUGUAUAUAGGGAACAUUGACCCAUAUAUUGACACUGUAUAUAGGGAACAUUGACCCAUGUAUUAACAAUGUAUAUAGGGAUCAUUGACCCAUAUAUUGACACUGUAUAUAGGGAACAUUGACCAUUGUAUUAACUGUUUAUAUUUGGAACAUUGACCCUUGUAUUGACACCGUAUAUAGGGAACAUUUACCCAUGUAUUGACAAUUUAAAUUUCAAUUUAAAGCGUAUAGACAUUAAACGCAAGCAUAACAGUUUUGCUGUAUUUUAUUUGUUAUAACUCUCUUUUUUUCUCUCGUUUUAAUCCUUUUACCAGUUCUAUUUAACCCGUAUCUUCUCUUCAGCACCAGUCAUGAUGUGCCUAGACCUGCUAAUUUGGUCUUGCCUUACGUUUUUGUAUAACUCUACUUAUGUCUGUUUAUUCCUGUUACUAUUUCAUUUAUUGUGCUACAAAGCGUGUAAUGAGUUUAUAUAGCCCUUCUUAUGAUUUGUAUAAUACCAAGUGUUUCCCUACUAUGCUACAUGUACGUAACACCACUAAUAUGUCUCAAUUAAUGUUUGUAUAACAUUUGUAAGGUAUGUGUAAUAUGUCAUAUGGAAUAAAGGGGUAGCUAUACUU